UGCCCGCGCCGUGCCCCCCGCGCGUGCUGCCGGGCGGACGCCGGCGUGAGUCACAGCGGGGCUCGCCUUUAUAACGGCCCGGAGGCUCGCGCCAGCCGCCCGCCAGUCCGCCCUCCGGCCGCUCCGCGCUCCAGCGAGCGCGCCCCGGCCCCGCGCCCCCAACGGCCCCCAACCGCCGCGCAGUCCCGAGGGCGCCAUGAGGGGCCCGCGCUGCGCCCAGCUGCUGCUCCUGCUGCUGCUGCCGCCGCUGCUGCUCACGCCCCCCGCCGGGGACGCCGCAGUCAUCACCGGGGCCUGCGACAAGGAUCCCCAGUGUGGUGGAGGCAUGUGCUGUGCUGUUAGUAUCUGGGUCAAGAGCAUAAGGAUUUGCACACCUAUGGGCAAAGUGGGAGACAGCUGCCAUCCGCUGACUCGUAAAAACCAUUUUGGAAAUGGAAGGCAGGAAAGAAGAAAGAGGAAAAGAAGAAAGAGGAGGAAGGAGGUUCCAUUUUUUGGGCGGAGAAUGCAUCACACAUGUCCAUGUAUGCCGGGCUUAGCCUGUUUACGGACUUCAUUUAAUCGAUUUAUUUGUUUAGCCCGAAAGUAAUCACUUGAGAGUAGAAACUUUAAAUGUGAACAGCCACAUGAUGUCUGUAAAGUCUAUUUACUUGUGAUUGUGCCAAACAAAUAAUAUGCCAGAAAGAAAUGCUGUUGCUUUCUCAACUAUCCAAGUAACAUUUCUAUCUUUGAUGUUUAAAUGACUUUUUUUUUUUAAUUGAAAGAGGAUUUUAAUUUUGGAUACGAAUGUAAAGUGCAGGGCAUUAUGGAACCGGUUCUCAUUUCCCUGUUUGUGUUUUGGUUUGGCUUGGCUCUUUUAAUGCCAAUAACUCACCCAUUUUCACAAAAAUGAGGAGAAUAAGAAUUUGUUACUUUGUCACGGAAACUUUUUUUUCUCAAACCCCCUCUCCCCCCAGCCCUGCCCACCACACACAUACACACACACACACACACACACACACACACACACCCUAAGGUCUCUUUUCUCUCCUCAAAGAAUUUUAAGGCUCUCACUUUAUUUUUCACCAUUUCCCUCACCAGUUCUUUUGCAUUUUAAAGUGGGGGGCGGGGUUAUCGAUCUCCUCUAAUUUGCUAGCAGAAUUACUGUUGAGAAUCAAGCUUUUUGCCUGAUACUUAAACAGUGAAGGGUGUGUAGUUGAACUAGACACUCGACUUCUCCUAGAUGGAGUAGAGGUUGGGGUGCUUCUAAACUUUCAUGGAACCUGUGCCUUCAGGUUGGCUGUGUGACAGGUUUGAGUGAGUCCAGAGGGAAUGGAAAGUCAAUUUGGUCCUUAUUUCUAGAUUUGGGUUGGUUAAAAAAAAAAAAAAAAAAAAAACACUUCCCCAAUACAACAGUACAUUUGUUUCUCUUUCUUUUUAUGAAGUUUAUUUCUUUUUUAAGUCUCACAGUUAGAGAUGGUCCAGAAAAUGUCACUUGAAGAGGAAGUAUUGAUUUUAUUCUGGCAUAACCCUUGUUACCAUUUUAAAAUCGGUAUUAAGUUGUAAUUUAAGCUUCAUUUGUAACCAGAAGUUCUCUUAUAAUGGGUUAUCUGACAUCUGCCAUGUGUACCUAUAUCAAUAUUGCUGUGUAAAAAUUCUGUAUCAGAAUAAUGACAGUAUUGUAUAUCAUUUGAUUUAUUUUAAUAUUAUAUCCUUAUUUUUGUCACAGUUGUCGUCAGUUUUUAUUACAAGCAGAUUUCUAUUAGCUCAUAUUCUAAAAUGGGCAAAGACCCCAACGUUGGUCAGAUAGCACUCACAGGAUGUGCUUGUGUUCACUUUACAUACAGGAAAAUUCUGUUUGCAUGAAUUUUAAGGUCGUACAAAAAACAAUGUGUAAAUCAGUGAGGUUUUGGAACAUGAAGGAAGAUUGUGACGUGCAAAACUGGCUGUAAUCAGGAAUGGACUCCUGGGAUGUCACUGUAUUGAUUCAGCAAAUCAUGAUCCAGUGUUCAUCACGAGUGGUUAGGCAGGAGGCUAGGUGCUAGCCGAACGGUGAUGAGAAACCUUGAAAAACCCCUCCAAGUAUUGUAAAUGGAAUCAACGUCGCAAAUAAACAACUUAUGAAAUGUGUUUAACUGACUAAACUUGACCAUGCCAAC